UAUAUAAAGCAGGGAGACUUAUGUCACUGCACUAAUUAAAUUCCUUCGGGGGCUUUUCUGAGCCUCUCACCCCACUGCAAGAGGCAGAGAGGCCGAGGGCAGAGCAUGAUGAUGGACCUUUUCGAGACGGGCUCCUAUUUCUUCUACUUGGAUGGCGACAAUGGAGCCCUGCAGCAGCUGGAGAUGGCCGAGGGGUCCCCCCUGUACCCGGGCAGCGACGGCACGUUGUCCCCCUGCCAGGACCAAAUGCCCCCGGAGGCCGGGAGCGACAGCAGUGGCGAAGAGCACGUCCUGGCCCCCCCGGGGCUGCAGCCCCCGCACUGCCCCGGCCAGUGCUUGAUCUGGGCUUGCAAGACCUGCAAGAGGAAGUCGGCCCCCACGGACAGGAGGAAAGCGGCCACCCUGCGGGAGAGGCGGCGGCUGAAGAAGAUCAACGAAGCCUUCGAGGCUCUGAAAAGGAGGACCGUGGCCAACCCCAACCAGCGCCUGCCCAAGGUGGAGAUCCUGAGGAGCGCCAUCAGCUACAUCGAGCGGCUGCAGGACCUGCUGCACAGGCUAGAUCAGCAGGAGAAGCUGCAGGACAUGGGGGGAGAGCCCUUCGGCUUCAGCCCCAAGCAGGGAAACCUCCCCGGCGCCGACUUCCUCAGCACCUGCGGCUCCGAGUGGCAGCGCCUGUCCGAGCAUUCCCGAGCGCUGCCCGCCAGCCCCAGGGAAGGUAACGGGCAGCUGCGCGCGCGCGCGUGCGUGUGCGUGCUCACGUGGGGGUGUGCAGCGCGGGGCCCCGGGGCGCCCCGGGCUCUGCUUCUCGGGGUGCUUCACACUGUGUGUCCGCUACACGAGCACCCCCCCCCACAUCCUUGCUCCUGCUGGUGCUUCAGCGUGUCCUACACACCCGCGACCACCCACGCACGCACACCCGGCUCCUCGUGGUGCUUUAGUGUGUGCGUCGCCCACACCCACACACCCUUGCUCUUGCUGGUGCUUCAGUGUGUCCUCCACACACACAUACACACCCACCUCCCGACACCCCCCUGCUUCUCGUGGUGCUCCACUGCGUCCUCCACACACACGCGCACACCCCCCCCCCGCUCCCCGUGAUGCUGUAGUGUGUGUGUGUGCGCGCGUGUGUCCACGCGCAUAUCCCGAGGCCGAGGCUCGCCCGCGCUGGUGUCGUUGUGCCUCUCUCCUCUCUCUUUCUGUUGUGUCCCCAAGCAGGGGGCUCCGCCGGGGACUCCUCCGCCUCCAGCAGCCUGCGGUGCCUCUCCUCCAUCGUGGACAGCAUUUCCUCCGAGGAGCCCAAGCUGCCCGGCGGGGCGGAGCUGGCGGAGAAGUGAGCCGGCCGGGCAGAGGCGAC